CUGUUCGACUGUAGAGUGCAUUGGGUUCUUACGAUUUUGUUAUUCAAUAAUUGAAAUGUGCAAUUUAAUCAAUUAAAAUAAGAAAAAUGCAAGCGCUGAGAAGUACUCGCCCUUGGAGAGGGGUGUAUUGGAGCAGUUGGAGGCGUCUGCUCACCCAAAGCUGCACGGGAAAUGAGAACUUGGAGUUAACCAACGAUGUCAAGCACCGGAUAGAGGCUCACUGGCGGGAAGAACUCAGUGGAGGACAGUUUAACCCCAAGGAAUCGCAGGACAAGUACUACGUGCUCUCCAUGUUCCCGUAUCCCUCGGGCAAUCUCCACAUGGGCCAUGUGCGCGUCUAUACCAUUGCCGAUUCUGUGGCUCGUUUCCAGCGGAUGUGCGGCAAGAAUGUGUUCCAACCCAUGGGUUGGGAUUCCUUUGGUCUGCCCGCCGAGAAUGCCGCCAAUCAGCGGGGAGUGGAACCCGCAUCCUGGACGGAACAGAAUAUCGCACAAAUGAAGGAGCAACUCAAGCGACUGGGAUGUUCAUUCGACUGGAACCACGAGCUUUCCACCUGCAGUCCGCAGUACUACAAGUGGACGCAGCACCUGUUCCUAAUGCUGCACCGCCAUGGACUGGCCUAUCAGAACGAAGCCCUCGUCAACUGGGAUCCCGUGGACAAGACAGUGCUUGCCGACGAGCAGGUGGACGCUAAUGGCUGCUCCUGGCGCUCUGGAGCCAAGGUGGAAAAGAAGCUACUGAGGCAAUGGUUCAUCCGAACGAGUGCAUAUGCCAAACAAUUGCUAGAUGGCCUGGAAGAUCCCACGCUGCGCGAUUGGAGGGAUAUUAUUAAUUUACAGCGCCAUUGGAUCGGAGAAUGCGAUGGGUACGCCUUCAACCUGCUCACAUCCGCCUCCGGACUGUUGCGCGUGUGGACUACCCAUCCAGAGCACUUAAAGGAUCCCCAUGCAUUCCUCGUGAUCCGCAGCAAUCAUCACCUGUCGAAGCUAGAGGAUGCGGGCAGCCUUAGUGCGGAGAAUCCCUUUGCGGCCACCACAAUUCCCGUGGUUUUUGGCGACGAGGUGACUUUCCCACCGAAGUGCGAUGUUUACUUGGCAGCACCCAGUUUCCGUAGCGAGGACAAGGAGCUGUGGGAGUCCUACGGAUUGGCUUUCACUUCUUCCGGCAAGGAGGAAGAUGUCUUAAGUCCAGCCAACUGGGAGCUGUUGAGAAAGGAGGUUCUUCAGGCAGCCACUCGCCUCAAUGUGGGCGGCUAUCGGGUGUCCUCCAAGCUGCAGGAUUGGUUAAUCUCACGACAGCGCUACUGGGGCACUCCAAUUCCCAUUGUCCACUGUCCCAAGUGCGGAGCAGUUCCAGUGCCCGAGGAGCAGCUUCCGGUGUCGUUGCCACCGAAAGAUUCCCCUAAAGAAGCGUUUCUUUGCGAGUGUCCUAAAUGCGGAGUUAAGGAUGCUCGAAGGGAGACGGAUACAAUGGACACAUUCGUGGACAGCUCUUGGUACUACCUGCGUUAUCUGGAUGCCCAAAACUCCGAGCGCAUUUUCGAUCCCGAGCUGACCAACAAGUUUAUGCCCGUGGAUCUGUAUAUCGGGGGAAAGGAACACGCCGUGCUGCAUCUCUACUAUGCCCGUUUUAUGAAUCAUUUCCUGCAUAGUUGUGGACUCUCGCCCACCAGUGAACCCUUCUCCCGCCUGCUAGUUCAGGGCAUGGUCAUGGGUCGCUCCUUCCGGGUGAAGGGCAGUGGAAAAUAUGUCACCGAGUCAGAAGUGGAAAUUGUGAACGCCAAGAAGAACCAAGCGGUUCUGAAGGAAUCCAAAGAGCCCGUGGUCAUGACCUGGGAAAAGAUGUCCAAGUCAAAACUGAACGGCGUGGAGCCCAGUGAUAUGUUCAAUGAAUACGGCACCGAUACAACGAGACUGAUCAUCCUGGCUGAUGUGGCGCCCACCUCUCAUCGCAAUUGGUCCAGCGCAACAUUCCCUGGAAUUCUCAAUUGGCAAAAGCGCCUUUGGCUGACCCUGCAGGAUUUCCAAGAGGCUCGCGAGGAUCAAACUCCCUCGGAAGUAGUGGUUACCAGCGAGGAGUUCCUGGCUGAGGAUGCCAAGCUUUUCGAUGCCCGGAACUUUUAUGUCAAAGGAGCCACUUUUAACUACCGCCAUGCUCAUCAACUCAGUGUGGCAAUCUCCAAGAUGCAGGGACUGACCAAUUCUCUAAGGCGCACACCUAAGCAUGUCCUGAGGCAUGGAAAACAAUUUGAGCGGGCUCUGGCCGCCCAGAUUAUCAUGCUUGCACCCAUGGCUCCCCAUUUUGCCUCAGAACUGUGGUCAAAGUUUGUGGCGAUACCUGGCAGACUGAAUCCCGCCAGCCAGGAACUGCAGUGGAGUGAAGAUGUGUUGGCCCAACGCUGGCCAGACAUCGAUGCCGCCUACAAUCUGGAUCUUAGUAUCAAAGUAAAUGGAUUCGAAAACUGUGUAAUCAAAGUGCAGCGAACGCACCUGGAUAAGGUGACGCACAGCGAUGCCCUAGACAUUGCCUUCAACACGGAGUCGGUUACGUCGUACCUCAUCGACAAGAAAAUACGGACCACCAACUUUGUUCUUUAUCCCGGCAUUGAGGCUAUCCUGAACAUCUAUGUUGACAAGGCACAAAAGACGCAAAAGCCGGCGACCAGCGAUGAUGCGGAGGCUCAGCCUAGAGCGUAGGAUAUAUAUUUUAGAAUGGGUUGAAUUUGAGGCACAAAGUACAGUAGUAGUGGAAAGAAACCUUUUGAGUAUUGAAAGUGAGGCCUGAUCAACCAACAUCUAUGUAUAACUCUCCACUUCUUCGAUAUUUUAGAUUAUUUUCAAGACCUAGCAAAUCGACCCACUCUGAUAAUAGUGCUUAAGCCGAACGGAUUACGGAGGAUUGUAAAAGCGGGUUCAACCCGCCCAACUGCAUUUCCGGUGUUGACCAGAAAGACGCCAUUCUAGAUUGGUACUUUUUAAUAUUGUUUAAUGUUAAAUAUUUAUAAAAAUUGGACUAGUUGUAAGCAGCUGCUUUACAGGAUUGGUAAAUGCCUAGGAUCAUAGGAAUAUAAUGGUUGCUCUAUCUGUGCGCCUCUAUCUAAAAGCCUG